GCGACCAAGAAAGGCAUGAAGCGCUAAUGAAUAAUGUCAUUUUACCACGGCAUUUGCCGCAGAAAAAAUCGUCGGAUUUGCAUGGCGAAGAAUUGGCAUUACUCUCGAGUAUGGUAAAUAACAUCGAUAGGUUGAAAAAAUGGAUUCCACUUAACACGGUUGAAAUGUUCAAAGGAUUUGAUCGAGUGCAUCGCACACGAAUUCCGGCAGUUGUAUCAAAAGAAAUUCGUGACCUAACACCAGGAAAAACGUUUGCAAUGUUUGUACGAAGACAAAAUUGUGCAAUAAUGGCACAUAUGCCAUCAAAAGGUAACAUGAAAUCAAAUCAAUCGAAUCGUGUUAUCGUGUCAACGUUUCCAGGAAAUCUUCAUCCGAAAUACAUCUAUGCCGUGGACAGUGAUAUUGAAUUCAAUUAUCCGAUUCAAGCACUGGAUGUACCAUUUUCAAAAUUGAUUUGCUCGGAAGAGUUUGCCGACCAAUUAUGUUAUUUGUAUCAAGAGAUAACAGUUGAUAAGAAAAAUCGAGACUAUGUAUCAAAAUGGUUGUUCACGCUGCUUGCGGAUGCGAACAACGAAACAUUGAAUCCGACUGAUUUUCCAGUGAUCACCAAGAAAAUUCGGGACGAAACGAUGGGCACUGAUAACACCGAUUUCUUUCGUCGAUCCGGCUUCUAUAUGUGCACGAAAGUACUAUUACAACAUAAUCUUACCGUUGAGCUCGGUGCAAAACGAGCAAAAAUACUUUAUAAAUUGAUAAUGAUACAGUUUUUGGUCCAAAUGAUUGACUAUUUCAAUAUGAAAUCAUGUGAAAUGCUCAAUAUUGAUCUCAUGUCUCAAUCAUUGGCCAAAUUGGCAAGACGCAUUGAAAAAAUGUCUCAGUUAAUAAGCCAAACGAACGACGAAAAAACCAUCGAGUUAUAUGAAUUGAUUGUGGAUCAAGCAAGGGCUACUAUAUCACAAAUACGUCAAAAAAUUGACAAGCAAAUCAAUCAAUUGCAAACUAACGAUGAGAAAAAUGCUCAACUAACACCACUGAAAGAUUUAAAUUUUUCCGAAGAUCUCUGUCAAAAGAUCCCAAAAUUAUCGGAAUAUUUAGAGAAUCGUCAGAGCAAACAGACUUCAACGAAUCGAUUCGGAUCGAGUCUUCAAAUUAAGCCGGUUCAACGACAUUAUUUGAACGAAUUGAUAGCACCUGAUGUUUCGAAAUUCAUCUCGACGAACAAUGAAAUUGAGAAUCAUCUAAUUUGGAGUGAUUUCGAGAAUUGGAUACUUUAUAUUGUGAAUUUUACGUCGAGUUCAUUAAGUGCGGCUGAACUUUGUAAAUGGUCAUUUUCGUAUGCGUCAUUUGCUGAACAAUUUUACAACGGUGAUCAAUUGGGAACGAGUCGAAUGAUAUUGGUUCGUUUAAAAAUGAUUGCAAUGCUAGAUUUUAUUGGGUGUACCAAACAUCAAUUACUUUUGCAACAUCGCAGUGGUAUAAAUCCAAAUAUAAUCGAUUCACUGCUAUUGCCACAGCAACAUGACAUGGAUAUCGCAUACGAGCUAGAAUGUUACUUUAAGAAGCGGAAUGAAGCACACGAUCCAAGUCUGAUUGAAGAAAAAAACGUCAGUAUCAAAUCAUUUUCGUCAAAAUAUGCCGAACUAAACGAAGAAAUGCAAGUGGUUUUGGAAAAAAUCAAGGAAAUCGAACAAAAGGGAAUCGAUACCAAGCGAACCGAGUGGACAAAUGAAAGAGCACGACUUUCAAAACUUCGUCUUUCACUACCAGUGAGUUGUAGCUAUUAUACUGAUUACUAUGGUGUACAGCGCCAUGAUCGAUAUUGUAGUCGAUGUCGGAUCAAAGCAGAAAUCGAUAGUGCAAAAAUCACACAAUACGAACGGCCAUUGCCAAAGAAUGGAUACCAACAGAAUGCCAUUGUAUUUGAACUCAAAUCGCCAAUUGAAAUAACAUGCUUAAGAGACGUACUUUAUGAAUUUGCACGAUUCUGUGAUGGCGAACCAAAAAAACAGGAAUCGAUUCAAGGCAAUUGGAUAAAUUAUCAUCAAAUCAAAAAGCUAAAUGCAACGCAAAGUAAGCACAUUAUACACAUUGUACAACUCGGAAGUACAACGGGGACUGAACUACAAUCAUACCAUGUUGAUACUAUGUUCGACAUGUUCGUCAUUCAAAAUGGUUUCAAUUGCAUAUUUCAUGCAUCAAACUGGUGUCUACCAAAACCAAUUUCAGACCUAAGCAUCAAAGAUAAGUGCACAUUUGUAGCGGACGAAGAUGAAUACAAAUCAUUGCAAUGGACAUUGAAAUCUACACAACACACCCAAAAUGAGGUGAUUACACGUCAAAAAGAAUGUCCCGAUACAUUGUCAUUGUCUGAAUUCAAAAAUUUUGGUUCGCUUCGUGCGGAUGGUCAUCGUUUACAGCUCCGAAAAAUGUACGCAAUGAUUGAGAGUGAAGCACUCUCAUUUGAAAAGUCAUCGACGCUAUCUCUGAUAAUACAAACCCUUUGGGAGGCUGGCAUUAGUGGCGACGAUGACGCGAUUCGUGAAUCGCAUGCUGAUUUUAAUGAUUCAAUGUUUACAUCGGCAAUGAUUGAGAUGCUGGUAAAAUUUUGCGAACAACAGAAAAACAAUUGGGUACACCCACUGAAGCUAAUGAUGGCCGCUUUUAUCACAGUGCGUAUGUUUGAAAUCAACACCGACCCUGAAUUGGUCGAUCUUCUUGUGAAGGUUCUCGAUCAAAUUCGCACCAUUGCGUUGAAUUGGAUUGAAAAAAUCGAAAAAUCGAUAAACGAAAUUCAAAAUCCAAAUAUGGCUAGCGAACAAGAGCUACGCAUGAAAUUGAUAUUGGUUGCAAUUGCUGGAGCUAUCACAUUUUACGUACAUUCAACGCAUGAGUACUUUGAUCGAAUUUUCAAUGAUGAAAAACGAUAUUCGGCGUCACGAAUUUGGCUUCAAUUUGGGGUCACUCUAAGCAACAAUGUGCUGUUGAAUGCUAAACAAACUGGCAUCACCUCAAAUCUACGCAUAUUUCUACGAAUUGUGCGAUAUACUGGCAUUCACAUCGAAUCGAAAAUUCAAUCGUUGAUCCAGAAAAGUCCGAAUGAUAUAUUUGCAUUUGUCAAAAAACAAUGGAAUCGUGCCGACUCUGGUACAUUUGGUAAAUUGUACUUUUAUGAAAAAUCUCCGCAAAUUUGUGUGAUUGAAGUCAGCAUAAGGAAUGUGAUUAAUCACGUUACCAUUGACAUAGUGACUGGGUUAUUUUUGGUGAAUAGAUUGCCGGUGUCACGCUUACCGACUAAUAUCACAAACAGUGCACUGUUCCAGAGAAUCUUCAGGAAUUUCGUCUUUGAAGUACAGCCAUCGACACAAAACGUAUUUACUGCCAAGCAUAAAUACAACGAAUGCAGUUAUGAAUUUCAUCGCUUAGGUAAUCAAACGAUAAUCAUUGAAAUGCAUAAUGGUGAUGAAAAGGAAGUCAUUCCACAUGAAAUUCUCAUCAAUGAAAUUCCGUAUAUGCUCAUUGAAAAUUACACACACUUUUGGAAUAAAACAACAAAUGCCAUCGAAUUUCGACCGAAGCUUUUCAGUGAUGAUCACUUUUCAACGGAUGCUGGCAUUGAAUAUCGUUUGGAUUUGGACGAAAAACGUUUGAUACACAUGAAAACCGAACGACCUCUCUUGGAUAUCAACAGUGGCAGCUAUUUGAAAAUUGUCGAACAAUUAUCACGACUAGAGUCAUCGCGAUACAUUCACAUUUUAACGGAUAAAGAGAAUAACCGAAUUGCUAAGGCUGAAUUAGUUCGAAUGCAAUUGAAAUUCAUCGUUGAUUGCACGGACAUUUACAAACCAUCCGAUCUUAUGUCGAACGAAUAUAGUCAGAUGCGUGUUAGUCUCUUGCAGAAAUGCGGCACACUAUAUGGAUUGCACCAUGGACUAUUGCUAGAGAGUGUGCCAAGCGAAAAGUCAUCUGCAGCAGAUGAACCAGAAAAAACUCUGACCAAGUUACUUCUUAUGCCACAUGGUGAUAUUCAAACAGAGCUAUCUGGUUCACAUGUUUCUGUCCGUAUUGAUAUCGAAUCGGAACUGUGUAGCCCACCAUUUCAUGUGUAUCAAAUUGACGAUUUUUGUCGACAACUAAAGGCCAUGAACAGUAACUAUGCAGCAUGGUUUUAUUUGGCUUAUUUACACGCAGUCACAUCGCAUGGUGAAGUUGAACCAUUCAUCAAAAUGUCGGGCACAGAACGUGCGCUGCAAAUAUUACAAUCCGGUUUUGCAUGGUCAUCGCAACCAUACGAUGAAGAAGCAAUAAAAAUACUCGAAAAAAUUGCACAACUUUCACCCAUACGAAAAUCACGCGUCGGUGAGUCGAAAGAGGAAUGGCAGCAAGUACAGUGGCCCAUGUUUAUUCCGCCACAUUCGGCGCAAGACACUUUCAUUUUCAUCGCACAACGACUUUUGGACGAUAGUCAACGAUUGCUUGGACUGUAUCCCAAUUCGAGCGCACAUCAAUUAAAGAUUGAGUCCAAUCUUGGUUACAAUAAACGGCAAUAUCUUCGCUGUUUGCCAUUGAUGCCGAAUCUAAGGGUUUCGGACGUAUUUAUGGAUCAUAUUCAAUUGAAAACAUCGCCGAUCGAUUAUCCACAAACCAAAGUAUCGCAGGAAACUCAAACAAUAGCAAUUUUAUACCAUCGUGGCGCAUACAAAGUGCCCAAUGAUUUGAAUUUGUCACAGUUUCUCAAGUCAAACCGAGAAUUGGAUGGAAUAGCCCACAUGGAUAGCAUACCGAGUCUGCUUAAGCAUCAAAAUUAUAAAACAUUUGUCAAUCUAUGGAUUUCGUUGUAUGAAUAUGCGCGCACAACAAAAUUGAAUCGAGAACAAUUUACGUUGAUUUGGAGCGUUUUGACGCACGAAGAAAAUUCAUUUGCACCAAUUUUAGCAUUGCAAGCAAUAGCCAUGAAUCCACAGCAAUUCCGAUCGAUUGAACCGCCACCGAUUCACGAGUAUAAAAUACAUGAAGGAAGCAAAUGUGAUGCAAGUAAAAUUACGAGCAUUCUGAACAGUCACCAUACAAUGCCAUACCAAUAUUAUUCUGAAGAUUUCGAACGCACGAAAUACGAUAGUAAAAAAAAUACGACAAUUGAACGCAUGACCAAUAUUGUGACAGCCAAUUGGCCUUGCGACAAAAUUGAUUUGGCACCACAUUGCACAAUAGAGAAUAUUCAGAUUAAUGCGGCAAGCACGCAAAUCAGCCGAUACUUGAAAAUGUGGAAUAACAAUCGUAAAUUGGAUUUGUUCAUUCAAGAUGUGCAACAAAAACUACAAUCGUUAAAUAACUCGAUACACAUUCAAAUACCGCAUUUCCAUUCAUUAUCGUUUCCCGUUGCAAAAAAUUGGAAAAAAUAUCAAAUCGAAUAUAAGCAAAAAAUGUGCGAAGAAAUUGAAGAUUUUGACAGUGUUAUAAAAGAAGCAAAUCAAAUUUGGUGUGGAGAUUCCAGUCCAACUAGAUCAUCGGACGAAUGGUGGUCAAUUUAUGAGAAAAUUGUGAAUGGUUCAAAAUCACGGCAUUUGAUUGAUGCCCGAAUGUAUCCACGUAUCGUGCCGAGUACUGUUUUGCCUGAGAUUGCUUCGAAACAUGCAAAUCCAUUGAAACCAAUCAUUGGUGCAUUGGCUAUAACAAUUUCGCAUGAACAACGCAACAAACGAAUUGAAAUUUACUCAAAGCAAGAGCAGCUACGCGGAGCCAAGGAACGAGAAGAAGAAAACAAGCCGCAUGAGAAUUGGAAACCAUCGAAAUACCCCGAAUGGUUGCUAUUUGAAAUUGAACAGAACGUGACUAUUCGACGUGUACAGGUGAAAGUGGCCGAACAUAUGAUGAACCCAACGGAUAUUGGCACAAAGCAUUCUGUGAUGCAACUGAAUAUGGGGGAAGGAAAAACUGCUGUCAUCGCACCCAUCAUUGCGGCUCUAUUGGCCAAUGGCAAACAAGCAGUUCAAAUAACUGUACUCAAGUCUUUGUUUGCUACUAAUUUGAAGAGUCUGCGUCGAUAUUUGGGCGGAAUGUUAGGCCGACGAAUGUACAUAAUGCCAUGUAGACGCGAUAUGCCAAUUUCCCAGCACGUUAGUCAAUUGAUGAACAUCUAUACCGAAUGCAAGGAAAUGAAAGGUGUUAUUCUAACGAGCCCUGAAUGGCGACUUUCAUUCCAACUUAAACAAUACGAGUCGAUAGAACGCUUGGAAUUCGAAAUAGCCGCACAAUUUGUGUCCGUACAGAAAUGGAUCAAUGCAAAUGUUCGCAGCAUUUUGGAUGAAUCUGAUGCCAUUUUGCAUGCAAAGUAUCAAUUGAUUUAUACUUUGGGCGCUCAACUGCCACUUGAUGGAGGUGCUGAUCGAUGGAAUGUAAUCCAAGCAAUUUUAAAAUGCGUUCCAGAGCACAUGAAACAAUUAAACCUCAAACAUGGUCCGGAAAAAGUUGAAUUUGAUGAGAUCUAUGUUGAACGGGGUCAUGUGUUUGGAGGGCACAAAGUUAAUUAUCGGGCCGAUGUUUUUACACCAUGUCGCAUUUUGGAUCCAGAUAUCUAUACUGUUUUAAAGUCAUAUCUUAUUGAAGACUUUUUAGAAGGUCGUCUCAAUCUCAUAUUUCCGGAGAUGCAGCCAGCGGCCAAAGAUGGUUUGCGACAUUUGUUAACUGAGAAAAAUAUUAACAAAGAAAAAUUGGAUGCUAUUUUGAAAGAUUUCUCACCGCGUGAACGCAACAUUUUAAUGACAUUGAGUGGAAUGUUACGGUUUGAAGUUUUGAAAUUGGUGUUGAUGCGACGGUGGCGCGUUAACUAUGGCGUCAAUGAUAAAGGCAAUCGAAAAAUGGCGAUACCCUUCAAAGCCAAAGACGUAGCUGCGGAGCUUACAGAAUUUGGACAUCCCGAUGUCGCGCUUUGUUUUACAUAUCUCAGCUAUUAUUAUUCGGGUUUAACUGAUGAUCAGCUAAAACGAUGCUUUCAAUUGUUAUCUGUCUCACAAAAUGCGGACACAAUUUAUGAAAAAUGGGCACAAAGUGUACCAACUGAAUUGAUGGAUGCUUCCAUUCGAUCGUACACUGGCGUGAAUCUAAGUGAUCCACACCAACGUGAUGACAUUCUAUUUCCUAUGUUCCGCUUCAACAUGUAUGUCAUUGAUUUUUAUCUGUCAAAGGUGGUUUUUCUACGCGAAGCAAAAACAUUCGAAAAUAAAUUGAUGUGUACGGCCUGGGAUCUCUCAUCUGAACACAUGCAAAAAAAUAUAACCGGAUUCAGCGGAACAAAUGAUACGAAAAACAUUUUACCAUUGCCUAUUGCACAAAAUGAUUUGGCUGAAUUAGAGAGCACCAAUGAAGAUGUCCGUAAAACACUAUUACGCGAUGAGAAUCAACUGUAUGAAAAUCUACCAGCAAAUGUAAGUGGCUUGGAAAUUAUCGAGAAAUUGGUUGAAAAUGAAAUUCCGGUGUUGCUAGAUGCAGGUGCAUUAAUGUUGGAAUUGAAUAACCAACAAGUGGCAAAAGAAUGGUUGGCAUUAGCUUCGGAUACAUUCUUCGAUGCAGCGGUUUAUUUUGAUGCUAGCGACAUUCUUCAAACGAUAGACCGUAAUGGCAUUGUAACCGAAUUUGAUUGUUCAGUUUAUCGUGAAAAUCUAAGCCGAUGCUUGGUGUAUUUGGACGAUGUCCAUACACGGGGAACCGAUCUUCGUUUUCCGGUGAAUUGGAAAGCAUGUGUUACACUUUCGGGUGAUAUUACACGUGAUAAAACCGUGCAGGCAUGCAUGCGUAUGCGCCAAUUGAGAAAAGGACAAUCAAUUGCAUUUUGGGCAUCAUUCGAGGCCGAUGUCAAAAUACAAGCACUAUGUGCCAACGCGCUUCCUCACGUCUGUGUGCCAAACGAUCAUGUAAUUGAAUUCAUUUGUAGCAAUAGCAAAAUGUUUGAAUCAGAAAACACCGUUCAUUGGACAGCCGGUGCAUAUAAUUACACCAAGAAAUUGAUUGGUCACAAACUGUAUGAAAAUUCAAUUGAUAAAACAUCAUUAACCGAAUUAUUGAAAAUAUGCCGUGAUGAUGAAUACGUUUUGUUGGAAGAUGUUUAUGGCGAUAAAGAAGAUGCAUUGCUAGUAAAAAUUGUCCAAAGUAAAUUCGAAAAAUUAAUCACCGAAUUCAAGGACAAAAAGACUGUUAAAUCUUUUGUUGAAAAAAUAAUGUGUGCGGUACAUGAUAAAAUAAUGGAUUUGGCACCGAACGUAAAACGAUUCGUACAGGCUCUGGAUGAAGAACAAGAGAAAGAGCUCGAGCACGAAUUGGAGGAAGAGCGUAACAUUGAACGGCCAGCUGCAAUGGUUCCAGCUAGACCACAUUUCGACGAGAAAUUCAAGGAAUUGAUUUUAACAGGUGCACAUCCGAACAAUUUGAAUGGUUUGAUACAACGUGGAAGUAUCACGAGUCUACACGACAGUCUAAAAAAUACACAGUUGAUACGUGACUACAUUUCCGAAUCGAAGGCUUGGUCUCACAACAUUUUAGUUACCAAAGAUUUCACACGUGUUCUAUUUUACGAAUCAAGCUACUGUGAUGAAUAUUUACGUCCUGUCUGGUGGAUCGCAUACGUCAAAAUACCAGCACAAAAUAGAUAUAUUUUGAUUUUACUGAGUUCAUUUGAAUGCGAUCGCUUGAUGGCUACAUUUAAACAGAGCGAACAAUCGGUUUUGUGCAUGUUUAGACCGCGUCUCAGUAAGUUACAUGACAAUUUAUUGCAUCAAACAAAAUUACAAGUCACUGGUAUGAACGGAAAUGUUCCAUGUAUUGAUGUCGUGGAUGAAGUAAAUAUUGGAAUUUAUUCUGGUUCGAUGUAUUUCAAGAAUCAAAUUGAACAGGACGCGUACUGCAAUUUUCUCGGUUUAAUUCCACGGCCACGAACCAAGGAAUUGGAUGAAGCUUUCAACGCUGGCAUAAUCAAACCAAAUGGAUUUGUUUCACCAGAGCAUCGUCAACACGAGUCGAUAAUUGAAUAUGUUGGUGAAUGCAAGUUCAAUAAAAACCCAGUGGAUCUGGCAAUCAAACUCAUCGAAGCACACCAUCAUUUGAUUCGUAAGGAAUCACACGUUGAAUCGAUUUUGGAAAGUGGAUUCAAAAUGUCAAUCGCAGAUGAUUGCAAUGCAGAAAAUUAAGCAUUUUUUAUAUAAUAUAUGUAUUUAGUAACGUACACAUAAUAUAUUUUUGAAAGAAUUUCUAUAA